GGAAAAUAGUAGUAUAAAUAAGAGCAAUGCCAUGAGUAAAAAUGAGCAAAACAAAUACACUUCUUAAGUAUUAUCAAAUCUUAUCUCAAAAGUGUUUAGCUAACAUUAUGAGUUUCUCCAAAUUUGCCGUAUUUGCCCUUUUCAUGCUCGCUACAUCAGGUGUGAUAGAUGCGAAAUAUCAACCCAGAAGCAGUGGAUCGAUAAUGACUGAGGAGCUUCUGGAGGCCGAAGUGAAGGCAUUGGCAUCACUUAGAGAAGUGGAAAGGGCUGUUAUUGCUUCAAAGUUGAAGCAAAAUCUGAUGAUGAGGACUACUGAAGAUAAUUGUAUUAAAUCAGGGACCAUAUGUUCGGGUUUCGGACCUCCAGAACAAUGUUGUUCCGGCGCUUGUGUUCCUCAUCCUAUAAUUAAGAUGUUUGUAUGCCAGUAAAAGGUUAUUUGGGUCGAUCAUCACCUUCAAUUCCCUUUGUUAAUUAUAUAUGUACUCCAAUUAUCCGUACUUUUUAGUGUAUCCAUGUACGAGAUAGAAUAAAAUUGACCAAGGUGUUGGUGAUGGAAUGCUUCUA